UUCUCUUCGUCAUUGCCRUUGAGUUUCUAGCACACAGUAAUUGAUUGAAUCAGCAAUGGACGAGAAACCUGUCAGAAGUGAAUGCACAAGUCUACCUAAAGGAUGGCUCAGAGAGAUUGUUGUCCGCAAAGGCGGUCUUUCUGCCGGKAGAUCGGAUGUUUACUAUUAUAGUCCUGAUGGUAAAAAGUGCAGAUCAAAGCCACAGCUUGAAAAAGAAUUGGGUGGUAUGGAUUUAACUGAUUUUGACUUUAGAAGUGGAACAUUUUGUAGAAAAAGUAGGCGAAGAACCAAUCAGCAACAUUACUCAAGAGAUUUAAAUGGAACAAUCUUGCCAGCACCUGUUCGUCAGUCUACAAAGUCCUUCUCAAAGCAACCUGUGUCAUAUUAUCCUAUUACUGAGGAGCCUAGUCCAGCAAAAAAAAGAAAAAUGGAAAAUGCUAUCAAAAAUACUAAGAUUGACAAAGACAGACCUAAGCAGUUAUUUUGGGAGAAACGCUUACAGGGAAUUACUCCUAUAGAUGCUGGUGAUGGGAGGAAACUUGAUAGUUUUAACUUUUCUAAAGGAUUUAAGCUUGUUGGACCAGGCAUGAAUGAAAAGGGACUACUUCAUGCUUUAAUGGCCAAGAUUCAUAGCAAAACACCAAUCAAAGGUCAGCAUACAUCAGUAGUGGCAUUAGAAAAACACCCRGAGAUAUGGAUCAAUGUAGACCAACCACCUUGUACACCAUUUUCUAUCUCAGAAGGUGAUAUCAAAGCCCAGGAAGAGAAAGUUUCUAGACUAAGGAGAAGGCUGGCUGAAGCUUUGGCAGACUAUGAUCAAGUUAAGCUUAAAUUGCUUUCAAUGCAAGGCCAGUCAAAGACUCAGUCGGCAGAGUGAUUUUUAUUAUUGUCCUCUCAAAAGACUUAGGUGGUCUCUUUCAUGCUACUCGAUCAACAAAAAAGUUUAUUAAAGAAGUCUAGUGAUAAGUGAUUAGAAAGGUACAUUUUCCUUGUAAUUCCAUACAAUGUGUAUGAAAAUCAAAAUUUAUACCACAUGUUAGUAGGACUCAUUGCAUGUGCAUAUCUUGUAUAUCUGAAUAUUAAGAAACCAUGACCAAGCUAGGUGCACAUUUUGAACAAGAAUAAAGCAUACUUUGGUUCAAAAUGUCAAUAAAAUGACCCCUUUUCUUGUCGAUCUGCUAGAAAGAGCCAUUAUAAUUUURAAUUUAGACUAUACAGUAGUUUUUUCUUUUUCAUGACUCGACUUGAUAUGAAAUGGUUUUAAUUGUUAUGUUAUACUUUCCAGGGUUACAUAAAGGUUUUUAUCAUAUAAUUAUCUAUGAAAUACYUGUAUUUCUCCAUUUCAUAAAGUUGAUAUUGAAAAUAUAAGCAGGUCCAUAGAUUGUGUACAUAUAAACAAGUAUAUUUUGGUUACUGAAACACUCAUAUCAUAAAAAUACUGCUUUAUGAAUACCACUUUAAGUGCUUGACACGAAAGUGUGAAACAAUUCAACAAACAUUUUCAAAAUUAAAGUGCACCCCAAAACCCUGAAAAAAGACAUUUCUUUCUAAAAUUAGGGAGGUUUCUUAGAACUUUGGCAAAAAAAUGACAUGAUUUUAUUGAAAUCCGGAUAUUUUACAAAUUUGUAAACAUGCAAGAAAAGGUACUUCGGGCUCCCUGUGGUGGAUAAGCAAUUCUACAGUAUCACAUGACUUGUGACSUCAACCCAGUAUCAGAUACUGCGAAACCCUCGUGUAGACACUGUCUGUAGUAGAGUUUUUAUAGAUUUUUGACUGUUAAAAAUGUGUUUAACAACACACCAAAUAUCAGAGAAGGUAUUGUCUUAUUGUCUUGGUUGACCUCACACUUGUUUCCAUGCUUCUUUCGAGGCUGUCCAUCCGAAAUCCAACUUAAAACAUUUGCCAAAAAUCAGGAAUUGAAUAAAAUGGAGUCAUUUUUUUUUGCCAAAAUCUUCCCUAAUUUUAGAAAAAUAUGUCAUUUUUUAGGGGUUAGGUGCACUUUAAUUAGUAAGUUGCACCUGCAGUUUAUUGGUGACCAAAGGUUUGAAAAAAACGGCUUGUUUGCACUUUAAAGUUACACUUUCACAUGACUUAAUUAAAUUGAUUUAGUCUCCUUGAAGUUAUAAUGAAACCAUGGAUAAUAAAGCAAUUAUUAAAUUUG